AUGGAACAUCAUAAAUCAGGUAGUUUAUCUCAAAAGAACAAACCUUUUAAACGUAGGACUGGAUCUAAAAGACAACAAAAGAUUAAAGGAAAAAAGAAAACUGAAACAGUUUCUUGUAGACCAAUUUUGGCUGAUCCAAAGGAAGUUAGAAGAAACCAACAAAAGCAAAGGCAAAUGGCUUCAAGACAAAAACAGUUAGAAAGAAAUAGAAAAGAAAAAAUGGGAAUUGGUGCUCCAAGACUUGUUGGGUUUAUGAGUCUUGGUGGUGGAAAUGUUCAACAAACUGUUCAGACAUUAUCUCAACACUGGAGUGUCGCUAGUGUUAGAGGUGAUAUUACAUAUGUUAAAACAGAAUUUAAUAAACGAUUAGCUCUUUGGUUUACACAACAAGAUAUCUGGAAUCGAAUGGAUGUUGGUAAAAUUGCUGAUAUUAUGGUAUUUGUUAUUGGAGGAGAAACAACACCAGAAGAAGAAGAAAAGUUAGAUUUCUUAGUUGCUCAAGGAUUAGGGGAUAUUGUUCUAUUAGGAGAGAAAGGAAAAUUAAAGAAAGGAAGGUGGUCUGGAAUGAGAGUAUAUGAUGCAGAAAAAGAAGGAGGGUUAAUUGUCAGAAAUUUGUGUGACAUGGCUGUUAAAACUAAGAUUGAAGGACCUGGAUAUUUUGUUAUUGAUUCUGCAGAAAAGAAAGAAGAUGGAGUUGUUAUCAAUGGGUAUGUAAGAAGGUCACAAUUAAGUCGAUUAUAUAGUGGGUAUAUUGUCGGUAUUGGGGAUGUUAGUGUUAAGGCUAUAGGAACUGACAUUGACCCUUAUGGUGUUGGAAAUAAAGCUGAGCAUUCAUUUGAGAUAGAACAAGAAGAGGUAGAUGAUGAAGAGAAAGAAGAAGAGUCUAAUGAAAUGAGUGAAGAAGAAAUUUCAGAACCCCAAAAUAACACUACUACUGUAGUUCAUAUUACUAAAAAAGUACCAGUUGGAGCAGGAAGUUAUACAGGAGCUUGGAUUGUUGGGGAUGAAGGAGAAGAACUUGAAGAACAAGUUGUUGAAGAAAUUGAAGAAGAUGAUAUGAAUGUUGAUGAUGUUUUAGAUAUGGAAGAAGAAGAUGAAGAACACCUUAAUGAAACUGAUGAAGAAAGAACAAAUAGAUUAUUUAAUGAAUAUAUAGAAUUUCCUGAUAGGUAUAGAGUUAAACGAGGAGAGUCUGCUAAAGAAACUUUUAAAGGAUAUAGAGGGCUUAGAUCAUUGAGACAAAGUGAAUGGGAUUGUGAUGAAGAAUUACCAAAAGAAUAUAAUGAUCUUGUUCAAUUUGAUAAUUAUAAAAGAAUGUGUGAAUGUUUUAAAGAUGUAGAAGAUGGAGUUGAAGAAGGGACGUAUGUCUCACUUUAUAUAUCAACACCACAAUAUGCAGGUUCUUUAGUAAACAAAGUUUUUUGUUCAUUAAGACAAUACGAAAAUGAACAAUCAAUUAUACAUGUAUUAUUUACAAUCGAACCAGAUUCAUUACCAUUAAAAUCAAAUACAACAUUUACAAUUCAAAUUGGAGAUAGAAGAUAUCAACGAAAUAUUGUAUUUACUGAAAAUGGAAUGAUGGGAAAUAAAUAUAAAAUAAUUCGAUGGGCUGCUCCUGGUAGUUGUGUCAUUGGAUCAUUUUAUGGAUAUAUAACAUAUCCACCAGCACCUGCAAUGUUAUUUAUGAAUGUUGAUGGAAAUGAAGAACUUGUUGCUACUGGAACAGUAGAUAAUGUAGAUCCAUCAAGAAUAUUGAUUGAAAGAGUGUUAUUAACAGGAACACCAAUUAAAAUUGGUAAAAGAAAAGCAACUAUUAGAGGAUUAUUUACUCAACCGUCAGAUGCUAAAUGGUUUAAACCUAUUGAAUUAUUUACAAAACAAGGGGUAUGUGGAAAUAUUUUAUGUUCUUUAGGUGAAAAAGGUUUAGUUAAAUGUACAUUUGAACAACAAUUAAAAUCAAAUGAUGUUGUAACUUUAGCAUUGUACAGAAGAGUUUUCCCGCUUCCACCACUUGUUUCUGCUAAUUGA